AUGGUCAUUGUACUCAUUCUUGUGCUUGUAUGUGUCUACCCUUCUCAUCGAUUUUCAUUAUUGUUAAGGCUGAAGCCACUUGCCAACUCCAUCACUGUGCCAUUCCUCGCUCGCGAUUCCAAAGCAAUAGAAAUAGUGCAAGUGAUCCUCGAGUGUUCUUCUCAGGCGCUAGAAGACAUGCAUGAUAACUCUGGAAGGCGCAUCGUCGAGUUGCCUGCGAGGAAGGUUACUGUUGAUACACUGCACUUUACACCUGCAGAACACAAUAUAUACGACUCUAUUUGUAAUGCGGUAAAGCGGAACUUCGAUCAGCUCAAUGCGAAGGCGCUCGUAGGUAAAAACUACAUCCACAUUCUUGCUAUGAUUAUGAAACUGCGCUGGGCAGUGCUUCAUCCAGUUCUCGUCACUGGUACUAGCGACGGGACAGAGACUAAACUUUCCGGAUACUCUAAGGAGCAAUUGAUGUAG